AUGAAGGUCUCCAAUCCCAGUGAAGUACCGGUCUACACCAUCUCUGGUGCAUCGACUGCGAGGCCAUUACCAGAUUGGCUUGCUCGACAAAGGAAGCGCAGCUUGAAAAACGACCCCGAAUAUGCGAACCGGGUCGAGCUUUUACAAGACUUUGAGUUUGAGGAAGCAAGUUCUUGCAUACGAGUGAGUGAGGAUGGCGAAUGGGUUAUGAGCACUGGGACAUACAAACCUCAGAUUCAUACGCAUUACCUUCCGCACCUUUCCCUCUCAUUUGCGCGCCAUACCACCGCUUUGAACCACUCGUUCGUCCUGUUAUCUUCAGAUUACACCAAGUCCUUACACCUCCAAACGGAUCGCCGACUCGAGUUUCACACUGCCGGUGGCUGUCAUUACCAGACUCGGAUUCCUAGAUAUGGUCGAGAUCUGCAAUACGACAGGCAUUCUGCCGAAGCUCUGAUUCCUGCUGUGGGUGUCAAUGGCGACGGAAGUGGGGAGGUCUACCGACUAAAUUUGGAAAUCGGAAGAUUUAUGAAACCAUAUCAAAUUGAUGUAGGCGGUGAUGAUUUGACGACGGCUGGAGCCGGAUCUUUACAAGGUGGCAUCAAAACUGGAAGUGUGAACGUUGCAGCGGUUGCUGAGGAUAGCCAUAAUCUCUUGGCUUUUGGCACUUCGAUAGGGACAGUGGAAUUCUGGGACCCCAGAUCCAAGGCAAGGAUUGGAAUUUUGGCCGGCCAAGAAGGAGAGAUCACUGCGCUGGACUUUGAUAGGUCUGGUUUGUCUCUUGCUACAGGUUCUUCCGAAGGGCUGGUACAAAUAUUCGAUCUCAGACGACCAGUACCGAUCUUAACGAAGGAUCAAGGAUACGGCUUUCCGAUAAAAAUCUUGUUGCAUAUGACUACAUCAUCUCAGGCGAAGAAAAUUCUGUCCGCAGACAAACGUAUCAUCAAGUUGUGGGAUGAGGCAAAUGGCAAACCAUGGACCUCUGUUGAGCCAGCUGUUGAUCUAAAUCAUGUAGCAUGGUGCAGGAAUAGCGGAAUGCUCUUAACAGCAAAUGAAGGAAAGCAACAGCAUGCGUUCUUUAUUCCCCAACUUGGCCCAGCGCCGAAAUGGUGCUCAUUCUUGGACAAUAUGGUCGAAGAAAUGGCAGAGGAGGCUCCUGCAGAGACUUAUGACAAUUACAAGUUCUCAACUCUACCAGAAUUGAAAGCUCUCAAUCUUGGUCAUCUUGUCGGAACCACCAAUCUACUGCGGCCUUAUAUGCAUGGUUACUUUGUUGCCUCGAGAUUGUAUGACGAGGCAAGGCUCAUUGCGAAUCCUUAUAUUUGGGACGAAGAAAGAACCAAGAGAGUCAAAGAGAAAGUUGAGAAGGAGAGAGCUAGCAGGAUUCGGGGAGGCAAGAAAGUCAAGGUUAACCAGAACUUGGUCGACAAAAUGCUCAAGAGACAAGAGCGAAGACAAAAGGUUGACGAGGAUAUGGGUGUUCUUGGAGAUUCUCGAUUUAGUAAGCUAUUCGAGGAUGAAGCAUUCACCGUGGACGAGCGAAGUCGGGAAUUCCAGGCUCUUAAUCCUAGCACUAAAGUGGGCGAAGCCUCGAAUGGCCAUCGAGCCGACAGCGAUGAAAGUGACGGAAGCGGUAGUGAAGAUGAUGGCGAGAUAAUGGCCAAGCCGAAGACAAAACCUCAGCCAGAGAUGCGUAUAUCAUCCUCCUCGUACAAGAAAUCGGGGCAUCAACGACAAGACAAGCCUCUCGGAUCGCGAGUUCAAGGAGCUGGACGCAUAUCUAAAAACAAGGGCGAGGUUGUUGGUGAACGCUCAGUCACUUUCGCACCAAGUGCGAAGAAGAAAGGGAAAGAGCCCGAAAAAUCGGAACCUGCACGAAAGACAAGGCGCGACGAAGGCAGACGAAGUGCAAGUGGAAACGUCUUCAGGAGACUAUGA